GGAAGAGUGAUGAUGUAAUCGUAUAUGACAAGUGCGGUAACUGCGAUGAGCACAUACGUGCUGAUCGUCUGGGACCCGAUGAGCGACGCGUUUACCUCGAUAGGCAUCAUCGUAGUGUUUUGGGUGGUCCAGAGUCUGCCGGGAGAACGAUAUGUUAUAUGAACUGAAGAAUAAAGGCUUCCCCUCUGGCGCCUCACGAAGGGAACAGGCCUCGAGCCAGAUCGCCGACCCUAUCUACCCUUGGUGUCCAUACAGAGUGUUACUCCAAGAUUCGAUGCACUACUGCGGCAAGAGCUUUGCGUGGGAGUUUCUGGAAAUCCAGGUUCGGGGUGAUCGUGCAGGACCGCCUUGUUCCUCAUUGGGCGGAAUCGUCCUGCGUACCUGCCCGUGACGGCGAUAGCCAUAUGGCUUGUGAGUACGGUUGGUGCAUACCCGGACGAGGGCAGGUCAUGACAACCCUUUUAUGGGGCUCUGCGUCCCAAUGACCCUUUCUGUGGGCUGCAGGUCACAAGAAGAGGUCGGGCUUGGCGGGGGAGAGGUUUUAGCUGUGCUGGCAUGUCUUUAUGCCACUUACAUCGUGGCGCUGCACGCUUACGGUAUGUGCACUGAGACGUAUUUAGCUCACAACGGCCCAAUGCACUGUGCAACCUACGAGCGAACUAGAGGCUCCACGCUGGUAGCCAGUAGAUUACUUGGCUUUGCCGAUGUGGCGCGAUGUAAGGCUGUUGGUGCCUGACACUCGGCAUUUUUUGUAGCUGUGCGUCAGGGGAUCUCCAGGCAAGAAUGGCCCGUGCUCGACAGUACGACAAGGAACGGCGAGAGUGUGACAAAUGGAAGCUCGCACUUGGCCGAAACUCUGGUCUAGUUGUAAAUCGUACCCGUAACACAAGGGUUCAGUGCCUUCAUGAUUGCCAAAAUGAUGCUGUGCAGGGAUGCAGGCACCACAGGAGCGUAUCCGCACCACCGAGGGAGGCCGAAGAAAAAGCUCUCGGGUCC